AUGCCUCGUCUCCCUCCCCCCGCGAAGCUUCCCCUCGCCGUCCGGAAGAACAUCCGCGAUGACUGGGAGUCCAAGAAGGACGACCUAGAGAAGCAGCUGUCCGAGGUCCUGGGCACGGCCUGGACCGUCGACAUCGACCCGGCGGCCAUCUGGCCCUACCACGGCGACGGCUGGGCCAAGGAGUCGGUGGGCAGCUGCCUGGCGGCGUAUGUCGAGGGCGCCAUCUUCCAGCUCAAGUACUUCAAGCAGUACCAGGGCGACGCGGGCGUCGCCGAGGUCAACGGCAUCUGCUCGGCGCACGUGCUGCAGAUGGACCUCGACGAGCACGAGAAGUACAGCUACUGCGGCGCCGAGGUGCGCGACCGCAAGCUCGUCAUCCUCUUCCGCGAGGGCUGCCUCGGCACCAACGUCGACCAGGCGCUCGAGCCGUCGGCGAGCCUCUCGCGCGCCCUCAACGAGGCCGAGCCCGCCGAGGGCUCGACCACCAAGAUGAGCUACCUCGCGCGCCAGGGCGUGCGCGAGGAGUACGACCCCAAGAUCGACGAGGUCCGCGCCAAGAUCGCCAAGCUGCUGCAGCGCGAGGACAUCAAGCUGGACCCCGGCUUCGAGGCCGUCUGCGCGCGCCUCGAGGCGGAGAGCAAGCGGCCCGGGACGGACCUGCGCGACGACUGGCAGCGCAGCCUCGGCAACAUCGCGCACUCGUACUUUGACGGCGCCGCCUACACGCUCGAGUACCUCAAGUUUGGCGAGGACGACAUGAUGCGCGAGGCGCUCAACGAGGAGCUGGCCAAGGGCGUCGUGGCGCUGCGCGUCGUCGACGAGCUCCAGAACGGCUCGUACUGCGACUGCGUCGUCGAGGACGGCACCCUGUACCUGCAGGCCAAGCCCACGACCUGGGGCGUCAACACGGGCCAGGCCUGCGAGAAGCUGGCCGACCUGCUGUAA